CUUACUUACUCACCUUACCCUCACUCAAACUUCACUUGCAAACGCUCAAAAAUCAAUGACUUUUUCUUUUUCACUUUGUGAAAGAGUCCAUGUCAAAGUCAAUUUGGAAUUCGAUGUGAAUGGAUUGAUCGUCUCAAAUUCUAAAGAUUCAUGAUGAAUUAUCAACAGGAUGAAAGUAUUAAGGAUGUAUGUGGUUUCCCUUCUACACUCGAUUUUUCUUGAUGGUUGCUUGGUUGUUUGCUUGCUUCAUUGGUUAACAUUACGGCAAAACAGCUCAAUGCCGCACUUCAAAAGGUUUUAUUGGCAUUUCCAGGCAACAGUGGUCACCAAAUAAUUCAAGAUACGGUUAAAAGAGGUAUUGCAUUUAUUUAUUUAUUUAUAUAUAUAUCCCCAUUCUCUUUUUCUUCAUCGGGAACAUUUCAACUCAUCAAGUCUAAAAAGCUAUCAACGCAUCUGGAUCAACACCAGCAUGCAUUCAGACUGAAGAGGAAUCAAAACAUUUCGAUCAAUUACGUAACUUCAUCGACAACCUUGUCUUAACCGUAACGCCUCAAGCUCUUCCACCUUCCACAGCAACAAGAAACGCAUCACAUCCAUCCAAUUCCGAGCACAACAAACGGAAAUCUCUCGACGAUCCAGAGCAUGAUGCGAGGUUGUCAAGGAGAAAGUUGUCAAAGGCGGAGCAGGAAGCAGCGGGAGCUUUGCAGGAAUUAUCGGCUGGUGUUUAAAGGAUAUCAAUAUCGAUAUUGAUGGGUUCGGGUCUUGGCAUUUCACGGGUGGUAAAAAUUUGAAGCAAUUUUUUGUAAGACUACCAAAAUGAUAUAGUUAAUGGACAUCAAGAGCAGGUUUCACGGAUUAAUAACAAUCAUUACAUCUUCAUGGGACUCUGA